UAUCUUCCGAAUGCCGGAUCCCUCCAAUCAUCUUCGAUGACCUCUUUCAGCUUUCUAAUAGCAAGCUACUAUUGAGAGUCUUUGGCCUAUCCUCCAGCAAGAGGCUUUUACAAUCCGUCAAACGACCGAAUAACACACCCACUUCAAGAACCCCCACCAUGACUGCCGAUUUCAUUCCCAAAAGACCUCACAAGAAGUCUCGAGGGGGAUGCCAGACUUGUAAGGCGAGGAAAGUCAAGUGUGACGAAGCCCAACCAACAUGCACAUUUUGUGACAAGAGAAACCUCAAAUGUGUCUACCCCACACAUCAAGAAGGCCCAAAGCUCCUCACUCCACCAUCCUCAAGCACCUCAGCCGGUCUUCCGAGGGACGCUUCUCCCUUUGGUGACGAUGAAGUGGCGGAACUUGCUUUGACAACACAGUGUAUCAUUCCUCCCUGGACUCCUCCACCAGCUCUCGUCACUUCAACCGGAAGUCUCUCCCUGACUGACAUGCGGUUGUUGCAUCAUUGGUCAACUGUAACCUGCAAUACCGUCGCUAUUGGAGAAGCCGCAAACACAACUUUACAGAUGGUUGUACCCCAACUUGCAUUCGAGAACGACUUUCUCUUGAAUGGAAUUCUUGGAAUCGCCUCCCUCGACAUGGAACGUCUCAACCCAGACUCACAAGACAUGCAAAAGCAGACAACUAUAUACCGAGGGAGGGCUGUUGCUGAUUUCCGUCGGGCCUUGACUCGGAUCGAACCAGGAACUCGAAACUAUGAGGCUGCGCUGCUCAUGUCGGCUCUCCUCAUUGCGCUCUACUCUCCCAACCCGCCCACGGACGAGGACGAAUUAAUCAUAAUCAAGUGGCUGAUCUUUUAUCAGGGACUGAGACUCUUUUUCAACAUGAGUUCUUCCCCAAAGAUAAUGGCGGGGUCUGUGGCACCAUUCUUCCGUCGAGAACUGACAGAGCUCAAAAUCGGACCAGUGGUACCGAAAGUUCUCGUCCGCAUGCUCCAAGUAAUGGACAUAAUGGACCCUGACUUCUUGAUGCUGGAACACUACUGCAAAGUCCUCGAUGAUCUGGGUAUCUUGUAUGCUAGCUUGAAGCAGGAUGGGCUGGGGCCGGAGCUGUAUAUCCGAGUUAUAUCCUGGUGCUCCUAUAUCGACCGGGAGUUUGCCAACUGCGCAAGGGAGAGAAGACCGAGAGCGAUUAUCAUCAUGGCCCAUUAUUUGGUGUUUGUCAAGGUUAUCAGGGGGCUGUGGUGGCUUGAAAGGAUCCCUGAUCGGGAUAUUGGGAAUAUUGUGAAGAGCUUGGGUCCGAGGUGGCUGGAAUAUCUCGAAGUCCCUUUGCGAGCAUCGAUGACGACCGACAAAGAUGAAAUUGCUGCCUUACUGUUGCGAUGAGAGAUCAAUAUUGCAAUUCUUACGUCACUGCACGCUAUGGACCACUCGAAACUCGAAGUACAAAAGACCAAGGACUUUCAGAAUACCUGAGUCUCUGUAUUCA